AGCAACAAUCUCAAACAGAAAUACCUCGGAGCUAUAUUUUUCUCAGAAUAAUUUAAUGCGAGAAUUGGCCUUGCAUUUGGGGUGCGAAGAGGGAGUAGUCCACAUGAAGAGGUUGGUGAUACCUUGGAAGGAUCAGAGUUUGUCACAGAAAAGGGAGUUGCUUAAUGGCACAACAUGUGAUGCUCAACUUCUCUCUAUUCACACAGGGCCUACAGAGGAGAACUACUUGAAAGAGAUGAAUUUCCCUGAGGCAGAGGCUCUCUUGUUACUCUUUACUUCAAGUGAAUGCUUUCUUCUCCCAUUUUUGAAAUCGAUGAAGAAUCUAAAAUGUCUCAUGAUAUUCAAUUAUUGUACAAAGAGGGGAACAAUAAAAGAUCUAGAUGUUUUAUCUACACUCCCUCAACUAAAAAGUGUCCGCUUGGAGAGGUUGAUUGCACUCUCUACUUUGAAAGAAAGCAAAGGACUACCAAACUUAGAGAAACUGUCUUUAAGCUUAUGCGAAGGGUGUGAAUAUAUAUCCACAUUCAAUAAUGUAAACUUAAGAGAUUUUGAACUGGACUGCUCCAGCAAUUUGGAGGAGGUGCCCCUAAGUUUCUGUAAUAUGCCAUUUACUCAGAUGUUGUCUAUUACCAACUGCCACCUGAUUCAAAAGUUACCUUAUGACCUUGGGAAUCUGAGCUCUCUGAAAAUGUUAAAGUUGUCGGCACUGCCAGGCCUAAAAGAGCUUCCAUCGUCAAUAGGAAAACUUGGGCAGUUGGAAUGUCUAGACAUUUCAUUCUGUGAGGGGCUUACAAAACUACCGGAGGAAUUUGGGCAACUGAGGAAAUUGAAUGAGUUAGAUAUGAGAGAAUGUUCUUGUUUGACAAGAUUACCAAGAACUGUUUGCCAACUGAAUUCACUGAAGCUCGUUAUAUGUGAUGAAAAGGUUUCGAAGCAAUGGUUGCAGGCCAAGAACAUCUCUAUUGCACAGCUCAGAGUUGAAAUUGUGGAAGCGUAUUUCGGUUUGGAUUGGCUUGAUGAUUGACUUCUUUCCUUACUUCUCAUCUUGAAACUCGGAGCUCUGGUCAAGUGGAAAAGCACAGUUCUAUAUAGGCUAUUAGAUAUAUGUUCAGCCUAUAUUAUGAUCAAUAUUUGUUUAAUUACAGCUUUUAUAUUCUCCAUCGGAAGGAAUUUCUUUCUUUCCUAAAAAGUUAGGAAGUGCGUAUUUGAAAGUGCGUGGGAGGUGUCUUCAGUGCGAUCAUGUCUGGCUUUGUCGCAUAGACUCUAAAAUACCGAUGUAUUACGUGUCACUCUUUUCUAA